GCAUACAACCUGAACAUGUAUGGUAGUAAGUACCAGUGGAUCAUACCAGGCUGGUACCAGGGGAACUGGUGGGAGCAGGCCAACUCCACCAACUGCACCACCAAGAAGCUGCUGACCGCUAUGGAGGGAUACAUCGCUGUGGACUUUGAACCGCUCAGCGCCAAACAGGUCAAGGGCAUCUCUGGAAGGGUGAGUGUUCCAUUGAACAUGCUUUUUAGUCUACCUCUGUGUCUCAAAUGGCACCCUGUUUUCCUUUUAUAGUGCGCUACUUUUGACCAGGUCCCUAUAGUGCUCUGGUCAAAAGUUGUGCACUAUGUAGUAGGGGUGUAACGAUUCGUUUUAACAACGAUUCAAUUUGUAUCACGAUUCGUGGUUGUCGAUACGAUUCAAGGACGAUAUUGGUUCAUUUAGAACGAUACGAUCCGAAACGAUUCAGUGACUUGAAAUCGAUUCAGUAACCUUUUAGCCAAAAAUUCAACCAGUGUGACUGAAAUAAAUACCUGGAUACUGGACAGUGCAGGUGAAGUUUCCUAGAUUCCUGUUUCUUGUAAGGACCCGCAAUGGUGGCUUGAUAAUUCUCGCUCGUCGGCUUCUCCUCUGUCGUCCGCCAUGCUAUGUUUUGUUGUCUUUGCGCCUUUGCGCUGCUGCUGGCGCGGGGCGAUGACGUCACGGAUAGGCAGACUGAAUCGAGUAAUGUUUAAAGCCUUUAUCAUUAAAAGUGCUAAGAAAAAACAUCCAUAUAAAGUCUGACGUGCUUAAAUCAAUGGGUUUAUUCUAGUAUCGAUACAAUCGAUUUAUUACAUUUUAAAACGAUGUUAGAUUGAUAUAUGUUGUCCAAAAGGCCAACUCGCCGAGCACAGAUCGAUGUAGUUGGAUCAUAGGAAUAUAAAUCGAUACAUCGAUGUAGUAGAUGGAUCGUUACACCCCUACUAUGUAGGGAAUAGGGUGCCAUUAGGGAUGCAAUCAUAUCUAAACUCUCUCCCUACAUUCAAACAACUAAGAAGUAAGAUAUUGAUUCAUUGAUUAUCCUCUCUCUCUCUACAUCCAGACACCUAAGGAGUAUGAGAGGGAGUACAGUAAAGAGCUGCAGCAGAAGGGGGUGGAGCCCUCAAAGUACCACGGCUUCGCCUACGACGGGAUCUGGGUGAUAGCUAAGACCCUGACCCGCGUCAUGGAUGUACUGCAGCACAAGGAGAGGCAGGACAUGUACCACAACUUCACCGUGGACGACCGGGAGGUGGGCAAGCUGGUGCUGGACGUCAUGAACGAAACCAACUUCUAUGGCGUCACGGUGAGUCAGUUGGCUAUUCCUGAUACAAGAGUGUACUUGGUCAUUAAUCUGCCUCACGUUACAGAAACAGGAGAUAGACUGGUGUCCUGUCCAGAGGGUGUACUUGAUCAUUAAUCUGCCUCACGUUACAGAAACAGGAACAGGAGAUAGACUAGUGUCCUGUCCAGAGGGUGUACUUGAAUAUUAAUCUGCCUCACAUUACAGAAACAGGAGAUAGACUAGUGUCUUGUCCAGAGGGUGUACUCAAUCAUUAAUCUGCCUCACGUUACAGAAACAGGAGAUAGACUAGUGUCCUGUCCAGAGGGUGUACUCAAUCAUUAAUCUGCCUCACGUUACAGAAACAGGAGAUAGACUAGUGUCCUGUCCACAGGGUGUACUUGAUCAUUAAUCUGCCUCACAUUACAGAAACAGGAGAUAGACUAGUGUCCUGUCCAGAGGGUGUACUUGAUCAUUAAUCUGCCUCACAUUAUAGAAACAGGAGAUAGACUAGUGUCCUGUCCAGAGGGUAUACUCAAUCAUUAAUCUGCCUCACAUUACAGAAACAGGAGAUAGACUAGUGUCCUGUCCAGAGGGUAUACUCAAUCAUUAAUCUGCCUCACGUUACAGAAACAGGAGAUAGACUAGUGUCCUGUCCAGAGGGUGUACUUGAUCAUUAAUCUGCCUCACAUUACAGAAACAGGAGAUAGACUCCUGGUCUGUUUGGACCAUUCUGCCUGGGACAUGGCUUGCUUUGACAUAAGGAAGGGUAAUGGUGAUUCAUUAGGGAACAUUCGUUAUCAAUAUUAUAACGAAUAACAACAAUAUAUACACUGAGUAUACCAAACAUUAGGAACACCUCCCUAAUAUUGAGUUGCACCCCCCCCCCUUUUGCCCUCAGAACAGCCUCAAUUUAUCGGGGUAUGGACUCUACAAGGUGUCGAAUGCGUUCCACAGGGAUGCUGGCCCAUUUUGACUUCAAUGCUUCCCACAGUUGUGUCAAGUUGGCUGGAUGUCCUUUGGGUGGUGGACCAUUCUUAACACAUACGGGAAACUGUUGAGCGUGAAAAACAUCCAUCCAUGUCUGAGGAUGUUGGGAGAUGACAUGGAAAACGGACACUAGGGGCAACAGUGAGUGCUGUUACUUUCAAGUAGGUCUGGUGUUGUGGAUGGUGGAUGGUGGUAAGAAUCUGCCUCUGAUUCCAAAGGUUGCAAGUUUGAAUCCAGCGAUAGAAAGUUGUUUUUUAUAUUUUUGUUUUAAGCCUAUCCCAAACCUUAACCCUAACCUUAACCAUUUGGAGUUAAUGGCUAACCUUAAGAAUUUGGAGUUAAUGCCUAAACUUAACCUUAAACACUUCAAAAUUCUACUUUUGGAACAACUUCGAAAUGUGAUGUUUGAGAAACAUGGAUGAACGUCUAAUUCUGACAUGAUACUAUGAGAGCUGGUAGCACAAUCCACCACUACUAUAAUGACCCCCUCUAUAUAUUUAAUACAUACUUUUUUCUACAGUAAAACAGGUACUAUUUAGGUACCAAAUUAUGUUUGUCAUAAGACCUUCCAAGUCCCACCAGGUCAGUGGCAUGAAGCCUUCAGUAUUGAGGUCAGCCAUGUUGUAGUGGCCCCAGCGUGAGACUCUCUACCUAGGACUCUGACCUCGAACCUGGCCAGACCUUUAAGCAACAGCUGGGCCCUCCCCACUCCCAAUGUGCCCCAUCCUGAUUCAAUUAUACACACACAGUCAUGCUCUCAAACACACACAGAGUGAUGUACACACACGUACAUGUGCACACAGAGACACACACACACACACCACAAUGUAACUGAGUGUCAGGACCACAUGUGUGUUGUCAUAUAAGGGCAAAAUGACAUAAAGUCGUCCACAGCCACCUAUGUUGAACAGGCUUAGAAUAAUGUCUACAUUCUUAUUCAACUCUAGAGAGCUGUUAGGCCAGGCACCAGCCACAUUAAUGUGUAUGAAUACAGUUCAGAAAUGUCAAAGUAUGACUCUUUAAUUAUAGCUCUCUCUAAGACUGAGAGCUAAUUUUAGAGACGGUUCCAUCCUUAUUUCCUAAUGUAGAUUAAGACCUAAUGUAGAAUAAUAGUGGUUGGGACUGUCACUGUCAAUCCCAGUGUUUUUAUUGGCUAUGCUCGCUUUUCGCAACAUGCAACCUAGCUCUACUGUAAGUGUGUCACUUAGCAUGGAACUGUGAGAGGACAUUUCCUCAGGCCCACGCCACAGUAAAGGCUAUUUCAUCACGAUUAGUGGCUCUAAACCAAGAACAUUAUGGAGAAAUGAGGGGUCCAACAGAUCACAGAUCAGUCUGGCUGGCAAGUAUGUCUCAAAGACAGUUACACAGAGAAGACGUGUUUGUGCGUGUGUGUGUGUGUGUGUGUGUGUGUGUGUGUGUGUGUGGUGUGUGUGUGUGUGUGUGCGUGUCCGUGCGUGCGUGUAGGAUACGGCCACUGGCUGAGAGGGAUGGGUAGAAAGAGGAGAGACAGAGGGAGAAAGAGGAAUAGUGAAGGAGAGAUAUAGGGAGAAAGAGGAAUAGUGAAGGAGAGACAGAGGGAGAAAGAGGAAUAGUGAAGGAGAGACAGAGGGAGAAAGAGGAAUAGUGAAGCAGAGACAGAGGGAGAAAGAGGAAUAGUGAAGCAGAGACAGAGGGAGAAAGAGGAAUAGUGAAGGAGAGACAGAGGGAGAAAGAGGAAUAGUGAAGGAGAGACAGAGGGAGAAAGAGGAAUAGUGAAGGAGAGACAGAGGGAGAAAGAGGAAUAGUGAAGGAGAGACAGAGGGAGAAAGAGGAAUAGUGAAGGAGAGACAGAGGGAGAAAGAGGAAUAGUGAAGGAGAGCUGGGUGAAGAGGUAGAGAGGGAAAGAUGGAGAGAUUGUGUCAUAACCAGUAUUGAGAGUGGAGAAAAGGUUGAUCUCCUUUAGGGCAUUACAGUGCACCAUAGUCCUCCUGAGCCUCUCCGUAACCACCACCCCACUGUGACCUCUCUCUCCCCGCAGUUCCCUCUGCCUCUCUGGGGUGAAGUGGUCUGCCACUGGGCAAGUCCCUAGAGGCUGCUGGAGAACAGAGGCAGAGAGGGAGACAUGGAUAGCCCAGAUAGCCUCAUCUCCCUGGGGUCCUUCUGCCAGGGUAGCAGCCUGAGCUGCAUGUCUCUGUUUGUGUGCAUAGCGCGUUCGUGCGCGUCUCCAGGGCGAUGACAUACAGCACCACCAUUACCAUCUAUUCAGAAAGCAGCACAGAAAGCACACUGUAUUGCUGCAUUGCAUGUUCACUGUAUUGCAUAAUAUGAUGCCAGCAGCAUACCACUCUGCAUCCCACUGCUGGCUUGCCUCUGAAGCUAAGUAUGGUUGGUCCUGGUUGGUCACUGGAUGGGAGACCAGAUGCUGCGGGAAGUAGUGUUGGAGGGCUCUCUGUGGUUAAUAAAGAGCCCAUGGCACUUAUCGUAAGAAUAGAGGUGUUAACCCCAGUGUCCUGGCUAAAGUCCCAAUCUGGCCCUCAUACCAUCAUGGCCACCUAAUCAUCCCCAGCUUCCAAUUGGCUCAUUCAUCCCCCUUCCUCUCCGCUGUAACUAUUCCCCAGGUCGUUGCUGUAAAUGAGAAUGUGUGCUCAGUCAAUUACCUCGCUAAAUAUAUAUAUAUAUAUAUUUAAUACCGAAAUGGUAUUUGAAAAAUAAUUGAUCACAUUUGCUCCAGGUCUAUAAGAGGCUCAUACUCUGCAGUAAUUCAUUUAAGUGAUUUCAUACUUAUUUUCCCACCACUAUGAUUGUUGGUCCAUCUGAUAACUGUACAGGGAUUACAGUACAUUAAAUGAGGUUAUAAAAAAGCUUGUUAUUUGUGUGUAUUUGAGUGCCAUAUCAGAUCAGAAAAUACUCAUUGGUUUGUUAAUGUGCCUUUAUGAAGCAUCAGCGUAUAGGUGUGUAUGUCUAUUACAGGAUAAUCAUGGGGAACAAACACACACACACACACACACACACACUAUACCCAAUACCUCAUCGUGGCUCUGCAUUUCCACACACACACACACAUCACCCAUGUACUAGACCCACAUGGAGAGCCACCGCCUCAAUUCCUUAACUUCCCCAGUGUGAACCACAACAAGUGGUACUAGUUUCGCGGGUCAGUUUCACCACUGAAACCAAAGCCUUCACUCCUUUCUGUAGUUUCACCCUUAUUUCACCCCUUCUUUCACCCCUCCCUUUUAACCCCUACAUAGUGAACGUAGUGGGGCUUGUGUGUGUGUGUUUGUGUGUGUUUUGUUUGUGUGUCUGUGUGUGUGCGCAUGCGUGUAUGCGUGUGCGUGCACACUGAUUGUGUGUGUGUGUAUGUAUGUUUUUGGUGCGUGCGCGUGUGUGAGUGUGUGUAAACACUGAUUGUGUGUGUGUGUGUCUGUGUCGGUGUGUGUGUGUCUGUGUGUGACUGCCUAUGCGCGACUGCCUAUGCGCAUGCGUCUGGUUAGAACACGGCCAUCCACAUGGCAGUCUGAUGUGCUCUCCGGCCUCUCUGGGCGCCUUCUGCUAUUGAUCUAGUCUAGUGGCAGAGCAAUAGAGGAAGUCAAACAUUAGCUCAGAGAAGCCUCCAGGGCUUGGCCGGGGCGGUUAGCAGCACUGAUGAAUAUGUACAGUGGAAUUCAUCCUCUUCAUGUAUGGCCUGGAGGGGACAGGAGACAGAGGAAACAGAGGAGACAGAGGAGAAAAAUUAGACAGGAGACAAGAGACAGAGGAGACAGGAGACAGAGGAGACAGAGAAGACAGGAGACAGGAGACAGAGGAGACAGAGGAUACAGGAGACAGAGGAGGCAGAGGAGACAGAGGAGACAUGGGAGACAGAGGAGCCAGAGGAGACACAGGAGACAGAGACGACAGAGGAGACACAUGAGACAGAGGAAACAGGGGAGACAGAGGAGACGGGGAGACAGAAGAGACAGAGGAGACAUAGGAGAGAGGAGACAGAGGAGACAGAGGAGACAGAGGAGAAAGAGGAGACAGGAGACAGAGGAGACAGAGGAGUGGGAGGAGACAGAGGAGACAGAGGAGACAUGGGAGACAGAAGAGUCAGAGGAGACACAAGAGACAGAGGAGACAGAGGAGAGAGAGGAGACAGGAUACAGAGGAGACAGAGGAGAGAGAGGAGAGAGAGGAGACAGAGGAGACAGGAUACAGAGAAGACAGAGGAGACAGAGAAGGCAGAGGAGACAGAGGAGACAGGAGACAGAGGAGACAGAGGAGGCAGAGGAGACAGAGGAGACAGGAGACAGAGGAGACAUGGGAGACAGAAAAGCCAGAGGAGACAGAGGAGACAGAGGAGACAGAGGAGACAGAGGAGACAGGAGACAGAGGGGACAGGAGAGACAGAAGAGUCAGAGGAGACACAAGAGACAGAGGAGACAGAGGAGAGAGAGGAGACAGGAUACAGAGGAGACAGAGGAGAGAGAGGAGACAGAGGAGACAGGAUACAGAGAAGACAGAGGAGACAGAGGAGGCAGAGGAGACAGAGGAGACAGGAGACAGAGGAGACAGAGAGAGCAAAGGAGAUAGAGGAAACAGGAGACAGAGGAGACAGAGGAGACAUGGGAGACAGAAAAGCCAGAGGAGACACAGGAGACAGAGGAGGCAGAGGAGACAGAGGAGACAGGAGACAGAGGAGACAGAGGAGACAGAGGAGACAUGGGAGACAGAAAAGCCAGAGGAGACACAGGAGACAGAGGAAACAGAGGAGACAGGAGACAGAGGAGACAGGAGACAGGGGGGACAGAGGAGGCAGAGGAGACAGAGGAGACAGGAGACAGAGGGGACAGAGGAGGCAGGAGACAGAGGGGACAGAGGAGGCAGAGGAGACAGAGGAGACAGGAGACAGAGGAGACAGGUCAGUGUGUACAGGUCUAAUCAAUAGCAUAGGCAGCGUUACACAUACAGUUCUCAGUACAAUAUGCUGUGAUUAUGCAAUGAAGAGCUAUACCUUUACCAAAUAAAUCUAGAGGAAUGAGACUCCAGUGGCCUGUUAUGCCCCUACUGUACCAGUGUAUUGGUCUCUGUGUCACAGCCUGAGGGCAGUGAGUCCUUACAGGCGGACACAGAGAGGUGUGUGUGUAUGCGCGUGUGUGUGUAUGCAUGUGUGUGUGUAUUAGUGGCAAAUUUCAUCACCUCUGGCUGCUGUGCUCCCCCACCAGACCUCCAGGGAACUCCCUCCAUUCACACCUGCAGCCCACAACCGGAACCUCUGUCUGGGGAAAAUAUCCUGCCUUUUCUCACCCACAGAAACAAAGUAGCAAAGUGAUACCGCCAUCUCACCUCCACAAACACAGUGAUACCGCCAUCUCACUUCCACUUCUCAAGCAAGAAUUUUGCUAGGACUGGCUGGGAGUGGUCUGAGUAGGGAGGGGAAAACUGAAAACUAGCUGUUAUUGCCAAAGAGGUUUGGAGCUCUCUUUCUUAUUGGUCUAUUAACCAAUUUACCGCAUGGUGAUGUCACCAUGGAAAGCCGAAACUCCCACCCAUGCAAACCUGCUGAUUAGAAGGUCCUGUGUAGAUUAUAUUUUCAACCAGCAACUAUCAGGAAAUAACACUGAUCAAAUGUUUUCACACUUUUACAGUGUUUGUUUCAUCAGCUGUUGUACAAUAUGAUAUAAAACAUUUUUACAGACACUUUUAUCCAGAGCAACUUACAGUUAGUGAGUGCAUACAUUUUCCAUACUGGCCCCCCGUGGGAAUCGAACCCACAACCCUGGCGUUGCAAGCGCCAUGCUCUACCAACUGAGCUACAGGAGGCCCAGGAACACAGGAAACACAGGUGAAACAGAAUUUUGACUGCACUGGGCCUUUAAAUUCCAUACAACAGCAGAAAACUGUUAACACCAUCCAACCACAGUUAUCCUGGUCUGUGAAGGCAGUUGCUUUAGCUAGCUCUCUUCCCAGCUCACACAGACAUACACUCUGUCACAAUCACAUAUGCCGUACAAAGACAGGGAACCAAUCAGAUGGUGGACAGACUUCAAAGCCUCUGCGUCUUUUUGAGACAAAAUUGGUUCUUCAGUCCGUCACCUUCCUCCCUUCCCAUCUCUCUGCCAGUGCUACUUUAAUCAGCUCCAUGAUUAACUCUCCCUCUCUCUCUUCUCUCUCUCUCUCUCUCUCUCUCUCUCUUUCUCUCUCUCUCUCCUCUCUCUCUCUCCCUCUCUCUCUCUCUCUCUCUCUAUAAUAUAUCUAUCUAUCUCUCUCUCUCUCUCUCUCUCUCUCUCUCUCUCUCUCCCUCUCCCUCUCUCUCUCUCUCCCCCCCCCUCUCUCUCUCUCUCUCUCUCUCUCUCUCUCGUUCACCUGUUUUUUUUUCCGUAGCCACCAGUAAUCCCAGUUGCAGCUAAAUGUUUAAUUAAGGAGUUCUAUGGGCAGAUGGCUGGACAAAUUAAGUGGUCAGUGUUGAUGGAUAAGGAGGGAUAAGGGAGGAAAAAGGCAAUGUGUUAGUUGACAGACUUUUUUUUUCUCCAGAAAAUAUAAUUGAUGAUUUUAUUUGGCCUUGAUUGUUGUGGAGUGUCAUUAGUUUGACAUCAAAGAUAUAUUGAAGUUUUAAUGGUAGUAGGACUGACUAUUGAUGUAUGUUCAGUAGCCAAUGGUGAGAUUUCCACUAAAGAACAUUUGUGAAAAGUGAGGCCUUACGGAAUCAGACAGCCCUUUGCUGACAUUCCUGGGAUUCUAAGGAUAUCAGCAAAUCAAUCUGCUGACCAAUCAUUUUGUUUACCUCGUAUAAAAAUAUAAAUUUUUGCAGACUUCUAAACUAAUAAGAAGCCCAAUGCCAGACCACGUCUUUGUCCACUCAAAUCUGUUAAUGUGCCAAGACUUAGUGGCACAUCAAUAAAACAGUGCAUCUAAAUUCAAAUUAAAUCAAUCUUCUUUUCAUCAUCAGUCUCUACUGCUUCCUCUGAAUCUGCUGUUGCCCAUCGUUGUCAAUUUAAUCAAGGGACUUGAUGUGCCCUGAAGAUGGCGAACAAUUCAGAUGGUUUUGCUGGUUAAACAAGUUUCAGCUUGGUAGCUGAUAUAAACAUAAAUGGUCAAUGUAAGAAUAGCGUUGUAUUCUGCAUUGAGACCUCAGUGGUUUUAAAUGCCAGAUGUUCUAAAUGUGUUUUGAAUUCUUUUUCUAUCCAGGGCCAAGUCAUGUUCAGGAACGGAGAACGGAUGGGCACGAUCAAAUUCACACAGUUUCAAG